AUAUCUCUCUGCCUUCCCCGUCAUAAAUGCUGGCUCAGCAUUCGAGGGACGUGACAGCUAAAGUCGGCGCACGUUAUGCAGGAGGGGCGUUAAGCGUCUGCCACGUGUGGGACGCUAGUUGGCGCGUCAGAGGCACGCGUACGGCAAUUAACGCUGCUAUCCUUCUCUGCCUUGAAGAACAGCACACCGAAUCGACUUCACAUCAGUUUAAGGUAAAAAUGGUUUCAUUGAGAGAACUCACAGAGCAACGAGGUAACCAGGGCAGAGAGGGAGAAGAGGAAGGGGUUUUGUCCGUGGAGCCUAUCACUAUGAUAGUGCCGCCGGAGUUGCAGGAUGUACCGGAAACAACGGCGUCUGAGAACAGCACCGGUUCCAACGCCAGCGACGACGGUGACGACCACCGUAAUCGGCCGGUGAUUGGGGAAUGGGAAAGCACGACGAUACCGGGCAGGCUGAGCAACUUGCAAAAAGCACCGAAGGACCUGCCCGCUGGAUUCAGGUUCAGGGCUGCACUUCAUCACGAAGUAGCAGAUUGUACGCCCUCCAUAAGUGGAUAUAAAAGGCUCGAGGAGAUGGUGAGGGCAUACCACAUCCCCAAAACCAUACUGUUGCGGACUGGCGGGCAGAACGAAAGAGCGUGCACGGUGUCGCGAACGGGCUGGAUCCCAAUAUAUGCAAACCACUUUGACGCCGGCCUACGGUUUCCCCUGCCUGGCCUGGUGUUCGAUCUGCUCACGGAAUACGAGCUGGCAUUGACGCAGCUAACGCCCAACAGCAUAAGGUUCAUCAUAGGCUUUAUGCUGUUGUGCACAAGAUUGGAAGUGCCAGCUAAAGCGAUAGUGUUCAGGUCGCUAUUCCAGUGCCAGCUGUGUCCGAACUCACGAGAAGCGAAGUGGUACUACCUCUCUGGGAGGGAUAAGAGCCAGCUCUUCAAAAACGUGAAGAACAAAGUGGCGAGGUGGAAGAGACAGUUUAUCUUUGUUCGAGACGAACGAGCAGAAAGGAUAAACAACUACCUCGCCGCUCGGCUGUCUGAGUGGCGCACGCCAAACGCCCACAUCAACUACCCUCAGCUGCUGCCCGGGGAUGUAGAUCUAAAGAACCAGCUACUUGAGUAUGCGCAGGGGGAGGGUUUGAUAGAUCUAGAGGCCCUGGUUACCUCAGAGCAGCUCGCCAUGUUCGGGUUUGUCGAUGUGACAAACCUGUUCAGCGAAGGUAUAUUUUCAUCAUAUAACAUGGAUUCUAGCCGAGUUGAGGCUUAUACAUUUGUUUGUGCAGGUGAAAUGAGCAGCAUACUGGAACGCCAACGACAGCAAGCCCAAGGCUCACGAGGUCGCGCGUCGGGUAGCGCGCAACCCCGUCAGACAAGGUUUGACGAGCGGCCACACCCAGCGCCUCAAUCACGCGGCCCGUCUCACAGGGGAUCCAGCUCGUCGUCAAGGCCGCGAGAAGAUCAUAGGGCUGAGGCAGCGCCCCUGAGUGCACGCAGACGUGCACGCGAGGAGACAGAGAGCGAGGAGGACGAGGUCCCCCUUGCUAGGCGCAUAAGAAGCGGGGGGACUCAGCCCGCACAGGCAGCUCGCCCUACAACGGUGCGUUCUCCCAACGCACCGUCAGCGACUGUGCGGGCAGCAGUGGAGCCCGCCUCUGCAUCGGCCUCGAUGGGCCCCAGGAUUGCUUAUCCUGAGGGCUUCAGCUAUGUGCGGGCAAAGUUGCAGCCUGCCAUGGUGCAAGCCAUGCACAGCUUUGCGCCCCCCUCAGACAAUAAGCGGGCCAAAGCCUUUGUGCAACAGCAUGGCGGUCAGGUCGCCAUGAUCAAAUUAAUGGAUCGAGCUCGUUCCAAGUGCAAGCAACUGGCUGCUGAGAAGGCCAGCCUUGUGGACGAUGUGAAUCGUCUACAAGGCUCUGAGAUGGCGAACCAAGCUGCGGCUGCAGAGAGUAGGGCGAAUCAGCUCGCCAACAAGAACAACGAGCUCUGGGAGGAGUUGGAGCGAGCUCGAGUUGAAAGGGAGAGCGGAAUCCAGGCGGCAAAGGAUGAGGUCUCUAGGGUUGAGGAGAGGGCUAAGAAGGCUGAGGCCGACAGGGAUCGUGCUCAACACGAGUUGAGCUCCCUUAAGCACCAAGUCGCCGAGGCGGACCGGAGCCUUGUUGCUGCAGGGGAAGCGCUGAACGAGCUGAAGGCUUCCCAUGCACGUUCUGACGCCGUGGCGGUGGCGUCGGCAAAUGUAACCACGGAAAUCUACAACGAGAUCCGUGGUAAAGUAUUGCAACACCGCCCGGAUUUUCCAAUCCACGAGCUGGUCUUCUUUGACGAGGAGGAAUUAGACGAGCAGGGUAAGAGCCUUGCUCCCCUCGCUGAUACAACUGCGAGGCUGAGAUGGGAUCUGAACGAGGAGGGCAUGCCCGUCUGGUCACCGUCCGUACUUGAGGACGGGGAGGACCCAGCAGGGCUGCCCUCAUUUGAUGCAUGGGUAGAAGGUGCUCCUGUAGCUGAGCAGGAACCUUCCAGCACCCCACCCAACUCUCAGCCCGCUGUUGUGCCAUCCAGCUCACCAGUCAACGCGCCAGCCUUUGAGCCCGCUGCCCGGUCUCCUCCAGCUUGCUCUCCUGCAGCUGCUGCUGACGCAUCCCUGCCCGUUGACCUAACGGACGACUAGGCUUAGGACUUUUUGUUUCAUUCUUUUGUAUUUUUGUUUUGGCAUUUUUGUAUUUGAUCAUUAGAUUCAGGUCGUAUGUACUUACAUUU